UAAUUAAUAUUUUCCGCGGUACGGAGAUUAGCGGAAAAUAAUUGUCUUGUUGAUUCGAGUAGAAAAUUGUAUCCAAUGAAAUUCAUAGUUACGAGUCACGUGGUGACGAGUGUAUGAUUGGUGUUCGAAUAGCACGAGAAAUCAGUUCUAGCCCGUCUUCUUACAAAGACGCAUCAAUCAUGGACGAAUACGGGGAUGCCGGUAUAAGUUCCGAGGUUCAGCAAAUAAUUAGCUCCGAAGUUAAAAAAGCAGUGGAAUCGUCCCAAAAUCAAAUUUUAAGCAGCAUGAAGACUCUGAUAGACAGCAAUUUCAAGAAUUUUCAAUCGUCUAUGGAAACAACACAGAAGGAACUCUCGUCAUCGCAGUUAGCGAAAAUAGAGGAGAACAUUUUUGGCAGUUAUAAGUUUAAACGUCAUGGAAACGAAGCGCAGUACCGGGGAAACGCACAGGUCAUCACUAAGCUGAGGGAAGCAGACGCCAGUUUGGACAGCGCCAACCUUGGCGUUGAAAACAUAAACACCGCCCGGACAAAGAUUGGUGAAGGUAUUGAACUUUUGAAUGAGAGACAGAAAUUGAUAAAAAUAGCUGAUUCUAGUCCUUUAGGGUGGAAGGUAGUAGCUGAAUACCAAGCUAAUCCCAUCGCUGACGAUUCUGACGAUGAAAAAAGAAUAAACAAGGCGCAAAAUAAAGCAGAGAAAAAGGACAAACAACAAAAGGCACAGCGGAAACCAACAAACGACUAUUCAAGGCCACACCCAUACAAGAAAGACAACUCUAGGUCACCUACGGUCAAGCCAGGGACGUGCUAUCGAUGCGGGUUUAAAGGUCACUGGGCGAGAGACUGUAGAAGGAAGCUCAACGAUUCGGCAGAGAUAAGUAUUGUUACAUGUAAUACAUUCAGAAAUUCAGAUAACAAUUCAGUUUCAGAACAAAACUAUUCGAAUUCACGCCUGUCGACGUCGGUCACGGACGAGUGCACUACUAACAAGGUAAGCCCUGUCGGGCAUUUAAAUAGCUGUUUAUCAAGGUGGGUUGAAACAGGUGUGGACAAUUACAUUAGAGAUAUAAUUUCUCAUGGAUAUAAAAUUCCUUUUAAAACAAUUCCAGAAAGUGUCGAAUUAAAAAACAAUAGAUCCUCAUUAGAAAAUGUAGAAUUUGUUUCGUCAGAAAUCGAGUCUUUGUUGGCAAAAAAUUGCAUUUCAGAGGUGAGUACUAAGCCAAGUGUGGUCAAUCCGCUUACUGUUGCAUAUAACAGAUCAGGUAAGCCUAGGUUAGUCCUAGACUGUAGACAUGUGAAUUUUCAUUUGCAUAAAUAUAGGUAUAGAUAUGAGGACGCUGAAGUAGCGAGAGACGUGUUUGAUAUCGGUGAUUUUGUUUUCACAUUUGAUCUUAAGUCAGCAUACCAUCAUAUUUCUAUAUUUGCAGAACACAGGCAGUAUCUGGGCUUUAGCUGGAAUAUCAAUGGUCGGCAAAAGUACUAUGUAUUCAAUGUUCUGCCUUUUGGUUUAUCUACAGCUGGUUACAUUUUUUCAAAAGUUACUAGGCAUUUUGUUAAGUACAUGAGGUCCAAUAAUGUCAAAAUUGUCAUGUAUUUGGAUGACGGUUUGGGAGGCAGUUCUUCACAGUCGGACGCUUUUAGAGUCAGUUGUUUUGUCAGGGAUGAGUUACAAAAGUUUGGAUUUUUGUUAGCUCAUGAAAAAUGUCAGUGGUUUCCGUCUCAAAACGUGAAUUGGUUAGGUUUAGAAUGGGAUUUUCAGAACGGGUUUGUCAGGGUGUCUCGGGAGAGGAUAAGUAGGACAAUGUCUUUAGUAAAUGAUAUUUUGAUCAAAUCAAAGCGUUCAAAUAUGUUUUGUGUUAGACUUAUUGCAUGUCUGACGGGUCAGAUCAUAAGUAUGAAAGCUGUUUUUGGAAAUGUAGUCCGGAUUAUGACUAGAUUUUUAUAUUUUUGUGUAGAGACGAGGGCUAGUUGGAAUAGCAAAGUAUUGUUGUCAGAAAAUGCAAUUCAGGAAGUUUUGUUUUGGUCAGAAAGCAUAAAGUCAUUGAACUGUAGCGGUGCAUUGUUUAGAAACAUUGAUUUAUCAGAAACGAGAGAUUUUGAAUUAUUCAGUGACGCAUCAGAUGUAGGUUAUGGGGGUUAUAUUAACCCAACAGUUCAGCGUUCAGACAAGAGUUCCUCACAGCAGGGUGGGGAUAUAGUCCUACAGAAGGACAGAGUUACUGUGUCUGGUUCUUGGAGCCAGAGGGAAUGCAAUAAGAGUUCUACUUGGCGAGAAUUAGAAUCAGUUCAUAGAAUAAUAAACACGCAUUCAGAUGACUUAAAAGGUUUGUCUCUGGUUGUUUACAGUGACAACAAAAAUGUGUCUCAUAUUUUAGAGGUUGGCAGUAAGAAAGAGAAUUUGCAAUUAAUUGCUUCUGAUAUUUUUCAGUCAUGUAGUUACAACAAAAUUACAUUGAUUCCAAAAUGGAUCCCGAGAUCGGAAAAUCAAGAAGCUGAUUUGAUCAGUAGGCAGACUGAUAGAGAUGAUUGGGACAUCGGGAUACGACAAAAAAUAAUUGAUGACGUAGUCAGAAGCGGAGCCGGAAAUAACGACAUUUUGAACGAUUUGGCAUACAAGAUGUCCGACUAUAUUCUUCAGGGGAAGAGUUUUAACACAACGAAAUCUUACCAUAGUAGUUUUAAAAGAUGGAAAAAUUUCAUUCAAAAAGAAGGAUUUGAGUGUUUACCCGCACAACCUGUUCACGUCGCAUUGUAUAUUACACAAUUAUUGGAUCAAGGUUCAUCUUCUCAUGUGGUCAAUCACGCAAUCUAUUCUUUAAAGUGGGCUCACGAAUUACAUGGAUUUGCCGAUCCUACCAGCAAUUCUUAUGUCAAGUGUCUACAAGAGGCGGCCAAGCGCAUCGCAACUCCCAAAGUAACCAGAAAGGACCCUGUCUCAUCUGAUAUAUUGAUUCGUUUGUGCAAUUUAUAUAUCGAAUCUACGGAUGUGCUGAUCGUAAGAGACUUGGCCAUGAUUUUGUUGAGUUUUGCCGCUUUUUUGCGUUAUGACGAAGUAAGUAGCCUAAAAUGUUGUGACGUAAAAUUUGUUGAUGAUUAUUUAUGUGUGUACAUUAAUAAAAGUAAAACUGACCAAUACCGGCAAGGAAACGAGGUGUUGGUCGCAAAUGGUUCCACAAGUGCUUGUCCUGUGAAAAUGUUGCAAAAAUAUGUUAUGUUGGCAGAUAUUAAUUUGUUAUCUUCAGAAUUUUUAUUUAAGCCAGUUUUCAGAUCACAUGGUAUUGCAAAGUUGAUAUAUAAAAACAAAAAGAUUAGUUACACUACUGCAAGGGAAAACAUUAUUUCCAGGCUCAAAGAGGUCAGUUCUGGUUUAAAUUUAGGUUUACAUUCGCUUCGAUCAGGCGGAGCUACAGCUGCAGUCGGUUCAAAUGUAAACGAAAGGUGUAUUAAAAGACACGGGCGCUGGAAGUGCGAUUCUAGUAAGGACAUGUAUGUUGUAGAUCAGUUAGAAAACCGAUUGGCAGUUUCCAGAAAAUUGGGGUUAUGAUUAUCAUAAAGUUUUUCACAUUUUGGUUUUGAAUUUGUUAUCAAAUGUAUGUUAUAUUUUGUUUUUUCCCUGAUUCAUUUCGUCGCCUCACCCUAACUUUGGUGUUUUUCUAUGCAUUCUGGGCUAGUCGGCAAAUAUAUAUUUGCUUGUCAUUUUUGUAAGAAUAGAUAAGACUUAAUAUUUUCCGCGGUACGGAGAUUAGCGGAAAAUAAUUGUCUUGUUGAUUCGAGUAGAAAAUUGUAUCCAAUGAAAUUCAUAGUUACGAGUCACGUGGUGACGAGUGUAUGAUUGGUGUUCGAAUAGCACGAGAAAUCAGUUCUAGCCCGUCUUCUUACAAAGACGCAUCAAAUUUACAUCAAUAAAAAAUUGUUAUUUUUUAUUUUUUAUUAUA